GAUUAAUGUACCCCUGUCUUCAUUCCAGUGUUCUGAAUCAUCUGUUUUCAUACUAUGAGGAUGAAAACCCAGAGGAAAACCUGAGAGACCCUGUGGCAGCUUACAAACUCCUCUGUCGACUGAGAGAAGAAUUAAUAUAUAUUAUAGAAACCAUUCAGUCGAUUAUUGAUGUCAGUCAGUGUGAUGAGUUUCAGGAUGAACUGAAGACAACGUUGAUCCCACAGUAUGAGGAUUUGGAUGGUGCAGCUUCAGGACUGAUCAGACUGCAGGAGAUCUACAAACUCUACCCAGAGGACAUCACAAAGGAAACAUCUCUAGACGCGGAUGAAGCUUUUCAUGUAGGGAGGGUUGCUUACAAAGAGUACAAAUUCCAGCAUGCUUUUCUCUGGUUUUCAUACAGCGGAAUAAGAUGGACAGAAAACUCAUCCACUAAUGAGAAAGAUUUGCUACAUUACCUCAGUCUUUCAGCCAAACAUUUUGGUAGCCUACCUUGGGCAAUUUACUAUAGCCAAGAGCUUCUAUAUUUAAAUCCAUAUGAUAAUGAAGUAAAACUACAGCUGAAUAGACUUCUUCACUUCCAGAAAAGCCCAAACCCUAAUAUAUUCAGGCUGGACUCAUUGUCAAGUAACUACGAGGCCCUGUGUAGAGGAGAGGUUGAUGAGAGGACCUCCAAGAGGCAGAGGGCGCUGUCCUGUAGGUACAGCACGAGUGGAGGAAACCCCAGACUGAUGUACGCACCAGUGAAAGAGGAAGAGUUGUGGGACGAGCCUAAAAUCAUCAGAUUUCAUGAUGUGAUCUCAGACACAGAGAUAGAGACACUUAAGGAUAUCGCCAGACCUCAACUUUCUAGAUCAGGAGUUUAUCAAGAUGGACAGGGAAAAAUCUCAAAGCAUCGUGUUUCUCAAAGUGUUUUUCUAGAUGAUGAUGACCCUGUUGAUGCUCAUGUCAGUCAGAGGAUUGAAGAUGUUACAGGACUCUCUAUGGAAAAAGCUGAACCACUGCUUGUUCAGAAUUAUGGGAUUGGUGGCAGAUUUGAACCACAUAUUGAUGCAUUGGGAGAAGAGAAUGAUAGGAUUGCUACAUUCCUGAUUUAUAUGAGCGAUGUGGAGGAAGGGGGUGCCACUGUGUUCAUUAAAGUAGGAAUUGCAGUAAAGCCAGAGAAGGGUUCAGCCGUGUUCUGGUACAAUCUCCAGAAGAACGGCGAAAGUGAUUUUAACACAAAACAUGCUGGAUGCCCGGUGUUACAGGGAAACAAAUGGGUGGCUAACAAAUGGAUUGCUGAGUUUGGACAGGUAUUUAGGAGGCCUUGUUCUUUGCAUAAAUCGGAGUAAAAAUCGCUGAGAUCUUACAUAUAUUUGUAUCUGCAGCUUUUAAGUACUGUGCUUAUAUCUGGUUUAUAAUGUAGGAUUUCUGAUGUAGAUUUGUCAUAUAACAUUUUGAUGUUAUUUGUUACUGUUUAUUUCUGUCAUAUCUCUGACACUCUUUUUUUAGAUCUUCUUGGCACUUUUAUUUUUGAUAAAAGAGUGUUCUGCUAUUUUUAUUCUAUAACUUUUAUUGUCAUUUCAGUUGUAUAUUUGCCAUAUAGCCUAUUCAAGCCAUAAAUGCUGUAAUCAUAUGAGAUGCUACACUGUAAACCCUAAUGUUGUUUUUAAUUAAACAAUUAAGUAAAUUUGUGUGAACAUAA